CGAUCCUAAAGUUCCUCUUUCUGCCCACUUUUCCUUCCCCUCCUCCGUCGACACACCAGAACAAAUGGAACGCCCCUUCCUGGCUCUUGCGCCAUUCUUCGCGCGAACAACAACAUUAAUCAACAGCAGCAGCAGCAAUGGUCUGUGUCGAUGGUCGCAAAUCGCGCCUUUCAUUAGCAGACAACAUGCAUUCUCCUUCUCCGCUCGCCCUCUAGCCACGCAUGACCACGCCGCCGCUCUGCGCAACGGAAUGGUCAAGGCCAGCGAGAACGGGUAUACACAAGCGCAACCACUGGCCGGCUACUACCACGAUAUCCUCUCGACCCGCUCCCCGUACGACCGGCAGACCGGUCCCCCGCAACAACCCCGCGAGCCACUCGAUGAACCGGCCGCCUCGACGGAGCCCCAGACACCGGAGGAGAAAAUGGCCAUUGUCUUUGGGACGCGUCUCGCAGGGCCCGGCCGGGCCUCGCGCUACGAUCCCGGGGCCGCACCGGACGCGACCUGGAAGACCGUGAACGGGGUCGCGAUCCCCCCGCGCCCGGAGGAACCCGACAACUGCUGCAUGAGCGGCUGCGUGCACUGCGUGUGGGACGACUAUCGGGACGAGCUAGAGGAAUGGGCCGCGCGGCUUGCGCAGGCGAAGGCCAAGGACUCGCCCGCAACAAGCGACGGCAAGGACCAGCGCCAGACGCCCAGGUCCGAGGUCCACGCCGCCAGCGGCAGUAUGGACGACGAUGGCGGGGGCAGUGAGACGAACUGGACGCUGUCGGAUCCCAAUGAGGACCUGUUCGCCAAUAUUCCCGUCGGGAUCCGGGAGUUCAUGAAGACGGAGAAGAAGUUGAAGCAGAAACAUCAAGAGGAAGCCCACACGUGAGACAAUUGAUGAAAAGACUUUACGCCUCUCCCGAUCCCUCCUUCUUCCUUUAGACGAUGAUUAUACCCUGUCUUCCAUGAUUUUGUGUGUGUGAGUUCGUGUGCGUGUGCGUGUAUAUAUCAAGGAUAUAGAUAUUUAGAACCUCCCGGGUGUGCGUGAAGUGUAUAUAAACCACUAUCGUAG